AUGGCUUCUCUUAUCCCUCUCAUCAACGACUUGCUACCCAUGAUCGUUCCCUCCUCGGUGUCCAUCACCAAAGCGAACACCCUCCGCGCUCCCGAUGCAACUCUGCCACCCGGUUCUGCCAACGAAGCCGAUGCCGUUGUCAGCAAAAGUGAUAGGCUCUGCGCAUCGGUCCUCACUCUCAGCGCACAUGCGACAUCGGAUAUCCGUCAUCAUGGCGAGCAAGAUACCAUUGUUUACAUGGCUUCCGGGACCGGCCUCCUGCUUGUCAGCCCCGGUGCGGGACAAGACGUCAAGCGGCAUAACAUGGCAGCGGGCGACUUUGCUUUCAUCCCUUCUUGGACGGAGCACCAGAUGCUCAACAAAUCGGACCAAGAUACCGUGUGGGUAAUUACUCGCAGUGGUCCCCAGCCGGUCAGGGUGGGCUUGACGGAUUGGGGAGGUAACCAGGCAAAGUAA